CUGCAAUACUCAAAACUGCCGUUUGGGGCACUGCCGCCGCAAAGCGGUGAGCAGCUUUACCGGGAGCCGCAGAAGAAGAAGGGAAAAGAUGGCCACGGCUAAUGUUAAGUAGCUUAUGACUGUCGAAAAAUGUUUCGUUCUUGAUAUUUUUGGCCGCUGUAGUUUUGUAGCGAGGCUCCGUGACAACUUAAAACCCCUCCGCCGACAUCGUAAAGACUGUGGCGGGAAGCCGAGCCCCGCUGCGCGCUGUUCGUAGCGGUGUAGCGGCUCUGUUUGUGCAGCGGUGUCAGCUGCCGUCACUUAAACGUCAGUGAGGAUUGAUUGGGGAGGAAGCACAGCCAUGGCAGCUCCUGUAAACAUCCAGGCUCCCAGUAAGACCUGGGAGCUGAGUCUGUACGAGCUGCACAGGAGCCCUCAGGAGGCCAUCAUGGACGGGACGGAGGUAGCUGUGUCUCCUCGCUCUCUGCACAGCGAGCUCAUGUGUCCCAUCUGUCUGGACAUGCUGAAGAACACCAUGACCACCAAAGAGUGUCUGCACCGCUUCUGCUCAGACUGCAUCGUCACCGCGCUGCGAUCUGGGAACAAGGAGUGUCCAACCUGCAGGAAGAAGCUGGUUUCUAGGCGUUCGCUGCGCAGAGACUCAAACUUCGACGCACUGAUCUCGAAGAUCUACCCGAGUCGUGACGAGUACGAAGCCCACCAGCGCCGCGUCAUUGAACGACUCAACCGGCUGCACAACAAGGAGGCGCUGAGCUCCAGCAUCGAGGAGGGGCUCCGGCAGCAGGCCCGCUACAGGUCCGAGAGGAACCACCGGGUGAAGAAGCCCACUCAGGAGAGUGAUAACACCACCUACAGUGGUGGGGAGGACAACGGGGACUCCCGCUCACACCUCUCCCACGACUCCGCCCCCUCGCACACACCCCACCCUUGUGGUCAGACGCCUCCAGAGGCCGGGCCGAGCCGCAAGCGGCCACGUCCGUCCGAGGAUGGCUCGGGGCCUGAGGUGGACAGCGAGAGCCCGACUCCCCCUCUGAGACGCCACAAAGAGGGGCCGUCCUCUGAGAUCGAGCUGGUGUUCAGACCACACCCACAGCUGGUCCACGCCCAGGACUACAACCAGACCAGAUAUGUGAAGACAACAGCUAACGCUACGGUGGACCAUCUGUCCAAGUACCUCGCACUGCGCAUCGCUCUGGAGGACCGACGGCCCGAGAGGGACCCCGAGGACCAAGGACGAGAGGAGGCGGGAGGAGAAGAGGUGCGAGCUGAGGGGGAAGGAGGUGAAAACGAAGGGACAGGAAACGCCGAGGGGACUAGACUGAGCAACGUCAGCGAGAAGCAAUACACCAUCUACAUCAUGACGAGGGGAGGCCAGUUCUCUACCCUAAACGGCUCGUUGACUCUGGAGUUGGUGAAUGAGAAGUACUGGAAGGUCAGGAAGCCUCUGGAGCUGUACUACGCCCCCACCAAAGAGCAGCAGCAGCCCCAGCAGCAGCAGCCUCCUACCCCACAGAGGGAGGCCUGAGGGGGAGCGGUGGGCUGCUUUCCUCUCCAACCUUGCUCUUCGUUUUCUUUCCUUUUUUAUGAGAAGUUAGUUCAGCUGCCACAGUUUCACAGAAAACCUGCGUCAUGUUUUUCUUAGUUCACUGUUAUUGACAGGGUUCUCUUCAUCUCCUCACUGGACUGGCUGUAACAUGUGAGCUGAUUUCUCAGCAGACAAACUGAUCUGAGAGUCUACAGAGUGAAACUAAAGCAGCAGCUGCUGGAGUUCAGCUGUUUUUGAUGCUUUCAAGUCAGCCGUGUGCGCUGGACAAAGCCAGAUGUUCUCCAUGCUUCUCUAACACGCAGACACAGAAGCGGUGUACGAGUGAGCAGCUGCAGCAGCUUCCUCAUAUCUACAUGUCUGAGGUGCCAAAAUAAAAGCACCAAUUCAAAAUGUGACUGUGUAUGAAAAGAAAAAAAAUUAUUUUCCUUUUGCAGAAAUGACCAAAACAGCAAAACUUUGGAAACUGUACAAACGAUGAUAAACUAGUUUAAAAGAGAGCUGUAUCUAUGAUUUUCAGCAGGAGAAAUAAGUCUUAAAUAUUUUUGGAGUCAUUUUUCAGAAAGAUUUUCUAGAUGGAAAUGUUCAGGGUUUAUCUGUCGAAAGCUUUUUUUUUUUUUUAAUGUAAGACCAACUUUGGGAUCAAACUCGCGUUUUUCUCAGUGUUGCCUCCGCCCCACUCACUCUGCUUUUAAGACACGGUGAAAGUAUAAAGCUCAUCUACUCGUGCACCUCCGGCUGUUCUUCAUUUAUUUGUAUUUUGUUGAUCUCUUGGCGGAAGCCGGUCGUGUCAGAAAAAGGUCGUUGGGCAGGAUUUUUUUUAUUUUCAUGAGGUCCCCAGAUGUGGUGAAGAGGGCGAGUUGUGAGCAGCGAUCGUUUCACAAACUCUGACCCUCAGGAUGUUACAGUGAACAGCUGCUCCAUCGUCAGUGGCGAUGGUCCUCCGUGGCGGAGCCUGAGGUUUGCGCGGCACAUGAAGAUGACGUCGAGCGAGAGAUUUACCAAAUGAUAAUGAAACAUUUGACCUACAGUGUUUAUUUACUGCUUUCUAUAGAAGAGCUCAGAGGCUUUGUGAACAUGUGACCAUCUUUUCCACAAACUGAUGAAUUAAAAACAGUCACAGCGACUCGUCGGCCGGUUUCAUUCCUGAAAUCUUUGUUACGUCUUCAGGCUUUGCUGCUGUGGGACAGCUCGGCACUAAAAACAACUCUGCAGUCAGCGCGCGCUCAGUUGAACCUGUUGCUCGAGGUUAUGGUAGCGAACAGGAUGAACUCUUUAUUCUCCUCCCUGCUCGUUACAGCAGCGGUGAUGAGGCGGGAGCAGUUCUUCGAAACAUUUCCUUAAUUUAAUAAAAAGUUGUAAGCAGAUGUUAAAACCCAUAUUUUGCUAGUCUUGAAUGUUUACGUCGUCUACAGCUGCAGCUGUGCAGUAACACGUUUCAAACACUGGCAUGAAAAAGCGUUUCUCUGAAAGCCACCAGCCCGCUCGGGUCCUGCUGCUUCAAGCCUUUGCUCCACUUCUUACGCACUUUAAACUUCCUGCAGCCAUAUCAUUUUUCCCAUGUCACCUCAGUUUCUGUGGGAUGUCUCUAUAUUAGAAUAAAGCAAUAUUUCCUUUCUGAUGUGUGAUACUGUUUUUCCUCCUGUCACCAAUGCAGCACAAUAAACUGUUUGACUCUA